AUGCUGUGCUACCGGAAGCGCACGAGAAAAGAGCUGAGGGAGGUGGCAUGGGACCAGUGGUUGUCAAGUCCUAUCCCUAAGGCUGGGUGGUCGCCAUUUGCGUGCCGGAGUUGCUUCCGCGAGGGCGAGCCUGUCCCGCUUCAUAGACGUCUCGGUUGUGAGCACACGUUCCCGGAUGAGCUCAAGGGCCUGACGCCGGUGGAGGAGAAGCUGAUCGCGCUGAACUCGUGCUACGGAUUCCACGUCAAGGGCCACAUCACGGUGUUCCCAAACAACGUACAAGAGCUGGCGACGGACGUGCUGCCGCACCCUCUCUUCCAGGUAAUGGACGAGAUCCACGUCUCGUGGCAGGGGGCGCUAAGGCCGACACCGAGCGAUCUGUCGAGUCUCCUAUCGGUGAGGCGGCGAGUCGUCGAGAGAGCCCUUGUCUGGUUGAAGAGGAACAACCCCCACUACGCCGCGAUCGAGAUCGACGCGGCAGAGAUGGAGAGCUGGGGAGACCCGGCCCACGGGGUGCCGCCGUUGGUGUACGAGCGCCUGGAGCGGAACGAGCCGUCGGCGUGGGAGAAGACGCGGACGGCGCACGUCGUGCCGCCCACGGAGCGGGCCAUGGACGACGAGGGGGCGGUGGAGAUCGAAGAAGUCCUCGCCAUGCUCAACCAAGGAAAGCACGACGAGUCGCGAGGCCGGCGAGCCAGAGGCAAGCGAGGUGGACGAGGGAUGUUUGCGUUGGACGGACCGCCCGACGUGGCCGACGUCGACAAGCUGCGCAUGCUGAGCGUGACGAGGAAGAACUUCCGCAAGGUGGAGCGCAUCGUACGGUCGCUGACCGCAGACGGUAUGCGGCACAAGAUCCUGGCGCUCAUCGUCCGCUACGGCGUGCCUGCGAUCUGGUUCACGAUCAACCCAAACGACAUCACGAACCCGGUGAAGCUCCGACUGGCAGCGUACCGCACGCGCGACCCUGAGGCGGCCGAGGAGUUCCUGCGGAGCCUCGAUAUGUCGUUCAAACGGGUGAGGCUGUCCGUCUCCGACCCGAUGAGCUCAGCCAUGUUCUUCCACCGGGAGAUGACGCUGUUCUUCGAGCAUUACGUAAAUGCAGGGGAGUCGGUGUUCGGGCGCAUCGGCCACUACUACGGUGCCGUGGAGACCAACGAACGAGGAUCCCUUCACGUCCACGGGCUGCUCUGGUUACACGGAAACGCGCACCUGAGCUCCAUGCUUUCCGACGCCCACGGGGAGGAGCAGGCGGCGUACCGUGAGCGAAUCAUCCGCUAUGUCGAUAGCGUCUUCUGUGAGGACUUGGACCAGGAAGGCUUCUGCGCCGUGCAGGCGGAGCGUUCGGUGACGUCUGACGUCUCAUCCCUGCUGGACAGUGCCGAGCAGUUCUCGGCCGGAUUCGAAGAGGAAGCCAACUUCUGCGCCGGCGCGACGCAGAUCCACACCCACAGCCCGACAUGCGUCAAGUACUCCCUGGGCAACAAGGGGCGAAGGGGCGACCUCUGUCGCUUCAAGGCGCCAUGGAAGCUGGUCGAGGACGACGCUCUCACAGGACGGCGUGCUGCGGAUCCGCAGGACGCAUCCCAUGCGACGCAGCGGAAGACCAUGGCUCUCGUCUAUUACGUGACGAAUUACGCGACCAAGGUAGAGGACCCGACGUGGAAGCGCGUCGCCGCGGCCGCGGAACUGCUGCCCGUCGUCGCAGCAGGUGGCCAGCCGGGUGCCAGGGAGGAUGCCGGAAAUGGCGUCGUCGGCGGCGACGACGGAACCAAGAAUAAUAAGACGCGGCAGUUUCUGAUGAGAGUGGCGAACAGGAUAUUCACGGAGCGCGCCCUGUCGCAAGUCGAGGUCGUCGCCCAUCUCCUGGGAUACCCGAGCGAGUUCACGAGCAGCAGCGCCUGGGCGUACCUGAACGUGUCGGUGCUCUACUGGCACGUCUCCAGGCGCUGGCGACACCUUCGGCAGGAGAGCGGCACCGCGGUCGCAGACGUGUCCGUGGACGAGUCGGUCGCCGUGGAGGAAGCAGGCGAGAGGAUCAGCUUCGCCGAGGCGUACCAUCAUCGCGGACACGUCCUACGAGGCUUGUGCCUAUAUGACUAUGUUUCGCUCGUCAGGCUCCAACGCGUCGGCAAGGACGGGUGCUCCGGUGCCUGGGGAGAGGUGCCUUUCGAGCGGCUGGGUGGCCGGCAAAGACUGGGUGCAGCAAGGAUUUCGAGCAAGACGACGAGGAACAAUGCCACCGCCGAGCAGCCGUGCAGCAUCUUGCCCUAUUCGCGCCGUGGGAGACCUUUCUUAGCGAAGAGCGAGGCGACAUCAACGAGAUAUGGAGGCGCGCACGAGCGGCUUCCGCCAAGAACCUCGUGCCUCGUCGAUAACGUUCAACUACUCCGGCGGUCCGCCGAGGACGCAAAGCGAGACGCCAAGCAAUGGGCAGCGUCGUCCGGCGACGGGGAUCCGGCCGGCGCACCUGGCGAUUGGGGAGGAUGGGGAGGGCCGGGCGAGGCGGACCGCGAGGCGGGAUCCGCGUACCAGUCCGACAACGUCGGAAACGCAACGCGACUGAUCGAUGUCGUUAGAAGCGCGACCGGCGCGAACCAGAUCACGGCGGGGUCGCGGGAGCUUUCGGGAAUGAUGCAGCAGCUCUCCCGCUUCCAGCAAUCAGCGCUAGCCUCGACGGCCGAGCUCCGGGCCACCGUCGUGACCGAACGGGAGAGGGUGAAGAUGAUCCAGGGCAUACAAAGCAUGGCCCCGGCCCACGGUACCGAUCGCGGCGCAGCGGAGCGGAGCGUGCUCGCCGGCUUCGGGGAGGAAGACGUCCAGGUGACGCGAGUGGAAACCGAGGAGAGGGCAGGUAACGCGGAGGCCGGCAUGGAAGUCCGCCUCGGCCCAUCCACCUCCUUUCACGAGGCCGGGAAAGACUUGACAAGACGAUUGACGCUAAACAAGAAGCAGGCGAUUGCCUUCUCCAUAAUAUGCCGCCACCUGGACUCGAUGCGGCAAGGAGACGGAGGCGACGUCAGCCAGCUCUGUCAGUUCGUCGGCGGCGAGGGCGGCACCGGCAAGUCGCGCGUCAUCGAAGCACUCGUGGGCCUCUUCGCCGCGAAGGACCUCUCGCAUCGCCUGCUGAUCACGGCGACGUCGGGGACCGCCGCCGCGCGGUCAACGGCAUCACCAUCCACUCGGCCUGCGGCUUCACCAAGGACCAAGGGCCGGGCGCGAACACGGCGAGGACGUCGACGGCGUGCGGUUGCCGAGGACAUGCUCGUCAUCGACGAGGUGAGCAUGCUCGGCGCGCGGACGCUGCACGCCUUCCGCCCGGUCCAGGAGAGGUCGAUCCUGCUGCCGAGCGCGGCCGUCUCGUGGGACGAGGACAACUCGUUCAGGGCCGAGCAGCGCCACCAGCACGACAAGGCGCACGCGCUGUGGAGGCGGUUCACGACGGCCGUCAUGCUGGACGAGCAGAUGCGCGCCGCCGGCGACCCGGAGCUGCAGCGGCUGCUGAAGCGGAUCCGCGGGGGCGUGCAGGACCACACGGACCUGGAUCUCCUCAACUCGAGGUGCCACCGGGAAGGCAGGCGGAUCCCGUGGGAGACGGGCAUCACCGUGGUGACGCCGCUCAACAGGAAUCGGUGGAACCUCAACAUGGAGGCGAGCCUGGCGUUCCAGAUCCAGCAGCGGUCGACGGUGCGCAUCUUCCUCUCCGAGCACAAGUGGAAGGACGGCCUGCCGACCGAGGAAGAGGCCAUCAUGAUGCUGAACCAGGGCGACGACAGCGCGAUCCCGGUGCCGGCCGUCUUCAUGUUCGUGCCGGGGAUGCCGGUCGUCGUGAACCACAACACCCACCAGGGGCUGAAGCUGGUGAACGGUGCUAGCUACACGGCGGUGGAGGUCAUCGUCGACAAGGCGCACCGGGGCAUCGGAUCUCGGCCGACAUGA